AUGUACACAUAUCAGCAAAAUACUAAAUAGAAAGAAGAUGAGUGUCCUAUUGAUGAUCCUAUCAGUUGUACUAGUAGUAUCUACAUUGACUGGAUCUACUAACAAUUACUACAAUGAACCUACUGGUAAUAACGGAUCGUCAUUCACAGAUUGUACUGUUAGUAAGAAGUUUGUUGAAUUCAGUAAUAAUUCAAUGACUCCAUACCCACUGACACGUGGGGGAGCAUUACAUUGGCAAGCAGUACUAAAGAUCAAGAGAACCAUACAAUGGGGUGGUAUACUGCAUGCCACACUGAAAUACAAUUUCAAGAAUUAUACUAAUAUUACUUUCUUUGAUAUGGAAUUAAAUUUAUGCGACUUCUUAGAUGAUAUAAUUAAGCAAAAAUGUCCAGUACAUCCUGGAAUAUAUCAUAUAAAUAGUCAUAUUAUAAUGUCACCACUCCUUUGGCCAGGUCAGUAUUAUGCUAAAGCAACUGCUUACGAUGAGGAAGGAGAGCAAAUGAUGUGUUUGAUGAAACAAGGGAUCCUUGAAUAAUGAAAACAUAAAGAGACUGAAAUAAAAAUAUAUUUAGAGUAGAUGCACAAGUUUUGAGACAGUUAAAUACUUUUAAAAAUA